GCGGGGCGGGGCCAGCCGUCCCUCGCGCUCGGUUAGGUUUCUCGCGCGUUCCCCGCCGGGUCUCCCGUGUUCCGGCGGCGCGUGAGGGCGACGCUUGCGGCCUUCUCUUUUGAGUUAUUUCAGACUAAAGCAAAAUGAAUGAGCAUCCAAAGAAAAGGAAAAGGAAGACUCUGCAUCCUUCACGCUACUCAGAUUCUUCAGGAAUUCCAAAAUACAUAGAUAACAGUGGCAUAUUUUCUGAUCAUUGUUACAGUGUCUGUUCCAUGAAACAGCUAGACACAAAAGUUCCUGAUAACCGAGGUCGAUUUCAUAACACGACGCCUAGUAUAGAUACUGAUGAGGAUGGCAGCCAGGUGUAUGCUGGGACAUCUCAAUGGAGUGGGAUCCAAUCUAAUGUUCCGGGGACACAUUUGAUGGACCCUAAGAGAAAAGAUAAAAACAACAGUAAUGGAGUUUUUAAAGAUUCGUGCGAGUCCCCCGUUUUCAGUGACAGUUUAACGGAAGAGGAGAAACCUUUGGACAUUCAAACUGUAGAGAUCUCCACUACUGAAGUCCAAGCCGUAGAGGUCCACGACAUUGAAACUCAGACCGUUUCCCCUGAGAAGCUGGAAGCAGAAGAGGCAGAGGAAAUCCCGGUUGGAAGUUGCAAGAGGCUUGACAAAUAUCCUCCUCCUUCGAAUGCCGCCAUUCCGCCCAAAUGGCCCCUGCUUCGGGCGAACAGCAGCGGUUUGUACAAGUGUGAUCGGUGCACGUUUAACAGCAAAUAUUUCUCUGACCUGAAGCAGCACGUGGUUCUCAAGCAUAAAACCUGCCCUGAGGGCCACAUCUGUCGCAUGUGCAAGGAGACCUUCUCUUCCAAGAAGGUGCUCAUUGAACACUUGAAAGCCCAUGAGGACGACCCCUACGUUUGCAAAUAUUGCGACUACAAAACCGUGAUGAUUGAAAACCUGAGCCAGCAUAUAGCAGACACGCAUUUCAGCGACCAUCUUUACUGGUGUGAGCAGUGUGAUGUUCAGUUCUCUUCCAGUAGCGAGUUAUACCUCCAUUUCCAGGAGCACAGCUGUGAUGAGCUCUACCUGUGCCAGUUCUGCGAGCACGAGACGAGCGACCCCGAGGACUUGCAUAGCCAUGUGGUGAACGAGCACGCGGGCCGGCUGAUAGAGCUGAGCGACAGCUUUAACAACAGGCAGCCCCAGGCCCAUUGCAGCAUGGUCAGCAAAAUCAGCUUUGACAAGUACAGGAACUUCUUUGUGUGUCAAGUGUGCGGCUUCCGCAGCAGGCUUCACACCAAUGUCAAUCGCCACCUGGCGAUAGAGCACACCAAAAUAUUCCCUCAUGUUUGCGAUGAUUGUGGGAAAGGCUUCUCAGGCAUGUUGGAAUAUUGCAAACACUUAAACAGUCACCUGAUGGAAGGCAUUUAUUUGUGUCAAUAUUGCGAAUAUUCGACCGGACAGAUUGGAGACCUCAGAAGUCACUUGGACUUCAGGCAUUCGGCUGAACUGCCUCACAAGUGCAAAGAUUGUUUGAUGAGGUUUGGUACCCAAAAAGAACUUUUCUGUCAUCUUCACGAACACGUAACUGCUUGAUUGUGGUUGUGUGAAUUUUCUCACCUGUCCCAGAAUAAUAGCAUUUCAGAGUUCCCAUCAGCAUAAAAAGCAACUGAGCCUCAGGAUGGUGCAUUUCAUCAAACAUUUAAUGCAUAAUAGAUAACAAGUACAGUUGUCUGGAAACAUAGCAUUAAAUUCUAUGGCAGAAAUAAACAUAACCAUCCAGCCAAAUGUGUAUUAUUUGUGUCCACAUUGCUACUUAAAAGCAAAACAGCACUUAUUUAGAGAUGUGGCCUCACCCUUGACAUGAGUUUGUCAUUUGAGCUUACUUUAUGCGCAUGAUGAACUUACUACCUCACAGAUUUCCUAGUAUUUGCUUUUAUUUAUAGAAGCAACAGACUUUGAGUGUCAUUCUCAUACACAAAGCCGAUUAUAUAUAUUCCCUUAAAUCUAGCCAUUAAGAGUAUUUUAGUAUAAUGAUAGUAUUGGAAAUCCCAUUUUGGCUAAAGAGCGAAAUAAAAAGAGAAUGAACAAAUAAAUAAGCAAUAUAGCUAAUGAGUUUUAAAUACUCUUCCAAAAAUCUUUCAUAUCAUUUUUACUUUGUGAUUUGUUAUCACAAACAAAUGUUUCCUUGAUUGCAACACAGAAAUAUAUUUCUUUCAUUAUUGUUUUAUAUCCACAAUGUCAUUUUUCCAUUUAUUUUAUUAAAGAUAAAAUAUCCCCUAUUCAGUAUGAAUCAGUCAUGAGACAAGAGAACCAAUUAGCCUAAAAUAUUAUCAGCAGCAUAAUACUCUACAGUACUAACCCCACCUGUUCAGAAGCAAGUUCCAUUGAGUUAAAUGGGACGUGCGCCCCAGGAAAGACGUACUCUUACCCCGUGUUUUAAUUUCCAAACCUUUUGUAAAGCAAUUUCGUUCUAAGAAUGAAACGUUGCUAUGUAAAGCAUCACGCCACUAAUGCUAGUUAUUGAGUAAACCAUUUCUUAACAACCUGUAUAUGCCGAGCUAUUUUAGCAGUUCUGUUAAUAGAAUACUGUGGCCCCAAAAGAUUCUUCAUUUUAAGGAAAGGGACAUCUAACAAUUGUCAUGAGUACGUACUGUAGCUGUGGAGAUUUAAUUCUCUUGUUCGAUGGUUAAUGUGAUUUUAUUCAGUCAAAAGCUCCCUAUCUGCCCAAUUUCUAUAAUGUUCACUUGCAGUUAAAACAUUUUUAGAUUUCGGCAUAUACAUUUGGAUUUGGAUCAGUCAUACCAUGGUUGAAAUAAGGCUACACAGGUAGUCCUCAACUUAUAACAGUUCAUUUAGCAACCGUACAAAGUUACAACUGCUGGAAAAGGGGACUUACAGUUACAACCCUUGAAGUAUCCCCAUGAUCAUGGGAUCAAAAUUCAGAGGCUUGGCAACUUCAUACUUAGACAAUUGCUGUGCCCCACGGUCAUUUAAUCCACUUUUUGCAAUCCUUUGACAAGCCAAUGGGGAAGCCAGAUUCAGUAACAACUGGGUUACUAACUUAUCAACUGCAGUGAUUCUCUUAACCACUAUGGCAAGAAAGGUUGUAAAAUGGGGGCAAAACUCACUUAAUAAACGUUUCACUUAACAACAUAAUUUUUGGGCUCAAUAUCAUAAGUUGAUGACUUACCUGUACAUUAUGUAGCAGAAUUACUUGUCACAGACGUAUAACAGAAGUCCGUCAUCCCCCUUGCCUAAAGAUAGCUGUUCCCCCAUAUAGAAUAGA